AUGAGAUUCGGUCAUGACUGGGACCCAACAUGCAUGAAAAUGGACGAACUCCUCUACAAGGUCGCCGAAAAGGUCAAAAACUAUGCAAUCAUCUACCUAAUCGACAUUACCGAAGUCCCUGAUUUCAACAAGAUGUAUGAAUUAUACGAUCCAUGCACUGUCAUGUUCUUCUAUCGAAACAAGCACAUCAUGAUUGAUCUGGGAACCGGAAACAAUAACAAGAUUAACUGGGCAUUGGAAAACACACAGGAAAUGCUGGAUAUUGUCGAGGUCGUGUUUAGAGGGGCCAGGAAGGGGCUGGGGUUGGUUGUUAGUCCAAAGGAUUAUUCGACAAAGUACAAGUACUGA